AUGCCAAGCAGACGCAAUGCAGUUGCAGCAGCUGCUGCCGCAGUCGCCGCCACUGCUGCCACUUCCGCCAUGGCUGCCACCCCGGGAGGCAGCGAGAUCGUCGGCUCCUCUUCCGUCUCGGGUAUGAUGCUGUUCAAUAGCGCGCCAGGCAAGGUGGUCAUCCUCGACAAGACCGAAGGCAACGCCGCGCGCAUCAACGGCCACCCUGCCUGGGGUGAGGAGUGGGACACUCAGAAGCGCACCAGCCGUCUGAUGAACGUCGUCACCAACACCUUCUGCGCAGGCGGCAUGUCGCUCGGCAACGGUACGUGGGCCGUCUUCGGAGGUAAUGAGAACGUCGGCCCUGGAGGCAAUUCGACCACGCCGCGCUUCAGCACCACUGCUCCGUACUAUGAUGGUGAUGGAGGUGCUGCUGCCCGAUUCUACACCCCCAACUCCCAGAACACAUCCGAUUGGGACGACGGCAACCACUACAUGAAGAGGCGCAGGUGGUACCCGACAGUGGAGGCGCUGGCCGACGGCACUCUCUGGGUUGGCGGCGGUGAGGACUACGGAGGAUACGUCGCCGACGAGGGUCAGAACCAGCCCAAUUUCGAGUACUGGCCUCCCAGGGGCGACGCGAUCAACAUGGACUUCCUCACCCAGACGCUGCCCAUGAACCUGUACCCGCUCGCUUGGCUCAUGGCUUCCGGCCUCCUCUUCGUCCAGGCAGGCCAGGACGCGAUCCUGUACAACCUCGACACAAACUCGGUCGCCAAAGGUCUCCCGUCCACCACGGGUCCUAUGAAGGUGUACCCGGCCUCGGCAGGUGUGGCGAUGCUGCCCAUGACGCCCGCCAACAACUACACCCAGGAGGUCCUCUUCUGCGGUGGUGUGCAGCGUCCCCUGAACGAAUGGGGCAACGGUGCUGGUCCUCUGUACAACCCUCUUCCCAUCGCCGCCAGCAAGGUCUGCGAACGCAUCACGCCCGAGGCCAGCAACCCCACCUGGGAGCAGGAUGACGACCUCAUCAACGGCCGCUCCAUGGGCACGUUUGUCUACCUUCCAGACGGUAAGCUGUGGUUCGGCCAGGGCGUCCGCAUGGGCACCGGUGGAUACUCGGGGCAAAACUACAACAAGAACCUCGGCAUCUCGCUCGGCGACCAGCCCGACUUCCAGCCGAUGCUGUACGACCCUACCGCGCCCAAGGGCUCUCGCUUCUCGACCGACGGCCUGUCGCCGAUGCAGGUGCAGAGGAUGUACCACUCGACCGCCAUUCUCCUCGAGGAUGGCUCGGUGCUCACGGCCGGCUCCAACCCGAACGCCGACGUGAGCUUCGAUAACCCGGCCAACUACACCAACACCGAGUACCGCCUGGAGCAGUGGUACCCAACGUGGUACAACGAGGCGCGCCCCACACAGCCCAACGUCACGCAGAUCGCCUACGGCGGCGGCUCGUUUGACGUUGCGCUUUCGGGCUCGGAUCUGUCGAACAACAUCACCAACAUCAAGACGGCCAAGAUGGUGGUCAUCCGACCGGGCUUUGCGACGCACGGCGUCAACUUUGGCCAGCGCUACCUCGAGCUCAACUCGACCUACACGGCCAACCAGGACGGCAGCGUGGGCGGCACGCUUCACGUGGCCAACAUGCCGCCGAACGCCAACAUCUUCCAGCCCGGUCCUGCGAUGGCCUUCCUGGUUGUCAACGGCAUUCCCUCGAUCGGCCAGCACGUCAUGAUCGGCACCGGGCAGCUCGGCGACCAGAGGGUGAGCGACGCCACCUCGCUUCCGGCUUCCCAGGACCCACCCGCUCCCAAGACGAGCAAUGGCGGCGGUUCCGGUUCCGGGUCGAGUUCGGGCGGAACCCAGUCCGGCCAGUCGAGUGGCGCCGUGGGCACUUCGGCCGGUGUCGUAGCAUCGCUCGCUCUGGCCGCAGUCGCUUCAGCACUCGUUGCUUUUGCAUGA